AUGAAGUACAUCCAAACUGAGCAAUUCAUUGAAAUCCCAGAAGGCGUUACCGUUAACAUCAAAUCCAGAGUUGUUAAGGUCACUGGUCCAAGAGGUACUUUGGUCAAAAACUUGAAGCACAUCGAUGUUACUUUCACCAAGCUCAGCAGCAAGCAAAUCAAGGUUGCUGUUCACAACGGUGACAGAAAGCAUGUUGCUGCUUUGAGAACUGUUAAGUCAUUGGUUGACAACUUGAUCACUGGUGUCACCAAGGGUUACAAGUACAAGAUGAGAUAUGUUUACGCGCAUUUCCCAAUCAACGUCAACGUUGUUGACAAGGACAGCAAGAAGUUUGUCGAAAUCAGAAACUAUUUGGGUGACAAGAAGGUCAGAUUAGUUCCAGUUAGAGAAGGUGUCGACAUUGAAUUCUCCGCCAACCAGAAGGACGAAAUUGUUCUAUCUGGUAACUCAGUCGAAGACGUUUCUCAAAACGCUGCCGACAUUCAGCAAAUCUGUCGUGCCAGAAACAAGGAUAUCCGUAAAUUUUUGGAUGGUAUCUACGUCUCUGAGAAGGGUGUCAUUGCUGAAGAAGAAUAA